AUGUAUAGUGUUGACCCAUUGCAGCGAGAUUUUUCAGGUGAAGGAUCAAAUCAGGUACCUAUGUCCAAUCGUGUCUCUCAUGAUCCACGAGGAGGCGUCCCUCAUUAUCCAGCAGUGGAUGAUGCGUCAUCGUCAUCGUCGACAACUUCCUACAAUGUUGAUGAUGGGUUUCAACAAAUAUAUGUCAAUUCCAAACCACAAUACGACACAAAUAUAAGCUAUCAUGGUUACGAUUUAAGUCGAGACGUAUCAGAAUAUCCAGUUGAUGCAGGAAGAGAUCAGACUCAACGAAAUAUAGGGAAUGCACCUGUACCAACACCGCGAAAAAUUCGUACUAAUCAACCUCCACAUCCUCCAGCUACUCAAAAUAAAAAUCAGCGCGAAGAAUGGUCAGGACGAUUUGAUUUCUUCUUUUCCAGUCUUGGCUAUGCAGUUGGUCUUGGUGCGAUUUGGCGAUUUCCUUAUCUUUGCUAUCGAAAUGGUGGAGGCGUGUUUCUCAUACCCUAUGCUAUCUUCCUAUUCUUUCUCGGAAUUCCACUAUUUUAUCUUGAAGUCAAUCUUGGACAAUUUACUUCUCAAGGCGCCGUUCAUUGCUGGAGAAUGGCUCCCAUUUUCAAAGGUCUUGGUAUAUCAAUGAGUAUCAUGUCAUUUUUUAUGACCACGUAUUAUGCAAUGCUAGUGGGUUAUUCCAUUCUCUAUUUUGUGCUCUCAUUUCGCUCGAAACUCGAAUGGUCAACAUGCAAUUCUCCAUGGGCAGGACUCAAUUGUACCGAUAAUUUUACUUCAUUUCUAACACCUUGCAAUUACGAGAAUACUUUCCGAGAUCCAAAUGGUCAAUGUUACCUAUGGGAUGCACAGGGUAAAACCUCGAUUAGUAUAGGCUGGUGGAAUCUGGAAAAACGAUUGGAAUUCAAGAAACCUGUUCUUCCUUCUGACGAUUAUUUCAAUAAUUACAUAUUGAACAAGUCAACUGGCAUGGGCGAUAUCUCCACGAUGGAAUGGCCACUCGUAUUGAGUUUAUUAGCGGCAUGGGUCAUCAUUUACGGUUGUCUCUGUCGUGGUGUAAAACUUUCCGGAAAAUUAAGAUUAUAUGUCGUCUAUUUUACUUCUGUCUUUCCAUAUGUGAUUCUUCUUAUUCUUGGUAUUCGUGGUUGGACACUACCGGGAAUGUCACGAGGGAUUUAUUUCUAUAUGAAGCCGGACUUCAGGCGUCUUGCCGAUCAACGUGUAUGGAAUGAUGCAGCAAAUCAAAUCUUUUUCGUUUUAUCGGUUGCGUAUGGUGGUUUAAUAACCCUAUCGAGCUAUAACAAAUUCAAUCAGAGAACCUUUGGAAAUUCAUUUAUUGUUUCCAUUGCAAAUGUUUUGACUUCGAUAUUUGCUGGAUUUGUUAUUUUUGCGUACCUUGGCUAUUUGUCUUAUAUAACUGGACAGAAUGUUGAAAGUGUAGUUUCUGAAGGUCCUGGUCUGGCAUUUAUUGUCUAUCCGUACGCAGUCACAACACUUCCAGCUGCACCAUUAUGGUCUAUUUUAUUCUUUCUCAUGCUUAUUUUACUUGGAUUAGACUCUGUGUUCGCUAGUAUCGAAACUAUCGUUGUUGUCAUAACAGAUCAAAUUCAUGGAUUACGUCGAUAUAAUUCCAUAAUUACACUUGUUACUUGUAUAGUUCAAUUCGGCCUUGGCCUUCUGCUGUGCACUGACAGUGGUUUGUAUUGGAUCACAUUUCUAGAUCAGUUCACUGGAUCAUAUCCAGCUUUUGUCAUUGGCUUUUUCGAAUGUAUUGUUAUUGCAUACAUCUACGGAUCGAACAACUUCCGUGAUGAUAUCAAAGUGAUGCUUGGCGAAAAAGACUGGGGCGUUCGAUUGUUUCCUAUUUUUAAAAUAUGCUGGCUAGUUAUAACACCAUUAUUAAUCUUGGCCUUAAUUAUCUUUACAUCGAUUCAUUAUCCACCGCUUCAACUUGGACGAUAUCAUUUUCCUCGUUGGUCAUACAAUCUUGGUUGGGGUCUAACGGCACUGAUUCUAUCUGGAGUUGUAUUGUAUGCAAUUUAUGCUUUUAUACGUACGGUUAUUAUCGAUCGUAAUUCACCACGAGCAUUGAUCAAUCCUGAACCAAAAUGGGGACCUUUAUUGGAUCACAAUCGAAAGAAAGUAGUGUAUUAUCAUGGUGGACACCAAGGUGCGCUCGUUUCUGCAAUAGAUCGAUUGAAAAAACGAACAUUAUCACGCGAAGCAUUAGCUAGAUCCAGGAGUACUGACGUCUGGAUUGCGGACAAAGAACCAUCAUUAUACAGCCAACGACCGCCGAGCCGAGUUGGAAGCGAAUCUGCUGUUUAA